AUGGGACAGGGAUACAUGGCUUUGCCUGUCUGGGGGAGCGAGGCCGGGGGAAGGGGCGUGCGUGGCUCGCACUUGCACACACACACGCCCCCUGGCUCCACCCCCACCAUGGGUAUGGGUAAGGCCUGGAUCGUGGCCUGGCAGAAUGAUUAUCGAAGGACAAGGGCUGUCCUACACGGCGGUAGGCGCGAACUGCGCGGCCGUGAGAAGGGACCGGAUCUUCAUUUCAUCCGCCGGCCUUCACUCGAGGCCGAGGCUUCGCAAACGGCGGCCCCUCCCCAAUUUUGA